AUGAUCACCAUUGCAAUAACGGAUCUCAUUUGUUGGCUACCGUUGUAUGUGGUUCUACUUCGGGCUGGAUUUGGCCUAGGGUUGGAUACUCACAGUUUACCAUUUAUUGCUAUUCUCUCCUUACCACUUAAUUCUUGUAUCAAUCCUAUCUUGUAUACUAUAUUUAUAACAACUUUUAUCAAUACGGCGAAUAAUUGGUUUAAGAUAUUGGGUUGCUGUUUAUUACUUAUGAGAUAUUGUUGGAGUUGUGGUGAACGAAUUGAGCAUAAUGAACGCUAUCAAGAAUGGCAUAGUGUUGAAAUCGAAUCUAGAAUUAAGAAGCACCUGGCGAAAUCAUGUUUAACUACCUCUCAUCACAUAGAUAAGAGCUAUUUAUUGGUUGAGCAAGAAACAAAUACUAAGGCCUGUCCGUUCGAAUUAUUAAAAAUGUAUUCUAAGGAUGAAAUAAAAUGCUGGAAAAAUGAGAUGCAAUUCUAUAUUGCUAUAAAACGGCGUAAUCUUAGAAUAACAUGCUACGCAACUAAGGGGCAAAAUGUUUCUAUAUUAAGUCAUUUAAUGGAACUUGAGUCCAAAAUUUUACAACCAACGCAAAUUUUGCAAAUACUUAAAGAUACUGCCUUAGCUGUGGAUUCUUUACAAUCGAAUUUAAUUGCACAUGGCUUCAUCAAUGCUGGUGCAGUUUUUGUUGUUACAGAGCCAAGUAGCGUGACAGCUAGGCUUGGUAGCUUUUCUCGCGUUAAAAUCUACUGGAAAGAUAAGAAUUGCAACGAUAAUGGGAGUGAAAAGACUCUAGCACUUCAUCAAGACGUAAUUGAUUUUGGCCAUCUUUCUGAAACACUGUCUUUAUAUUGCUGUAAGAAACUUUCAAUUUCUACAGAAUCAUUACCGGAAAGUGAAAACAAUAAUUAUCAGUGGCAAGCAGCUAAAGAAGGAUGGACAUCAUUCAUUGUUUCACUAUUAAAUAAGGAACCGUUACUAAAUAUUCGUGAAGCCGUACAAUAA